AAGGAGGAAAUAAAUAUAGAGGACAUUGGUCAUUCGAUGGAAUGGGGGCAGGUGUAGCCAUACUUGUUGCGAAAGAAUUAAACAAAUAUAUAUGUAAAGUCCAAAAUAAAAAGAAAGACAACAAAGAAACAUUGAUACAAGUUAAAAAUUGGAUUCACAAUGCACAGCAACGAAACUAUAAAGUAAUAGUAAUGGGUGACUUCAACGCUGUACCAUCGCCAAACUUAAUUGACAGUUAUAGAAUCAUAUACCCUGAUUCCAGUAGUUUUACGUGGAAAAGAGAUAAUUCGCAAGAACAGAGCCGAAUUGAUAUCAUCUGGAUCCCACAACAAUGGGGAAAAAAAAUAAUAGAAUGUUUCACGGAGCAACUUGAAUUAGUGACAAAAAGUGAUCAUAAAAUAAUACAACUUAAAAUUAAAAAGACAUGGCAAAUACAUUUAGAUCGAGAAGUACAAAAUAAUAUAGGACCUAAAUACAAUAUAAAAUUAAUGUGCAACGAAAAAUGGACAAAGUUUACAACACAUGUAGAAAAGAAAUUAAAAACAAAAACCAUCUCGUCACGAAAAGAAAAAUAUGGGAUAACAGUCAACUCGUUAAACAAAAACUGGAAAACUCUCAAAAAUAUAAUAAUAGAAGCUGCGGAUUGUGCAAUACCAAAGAAAAAAAUCAAAAAAUUUAACAAAAAAAUCAAUAAAGAAUUCACAAAGAACUAUAAACGUGCAAAAUCAUUUAAUAAACUAUAUCAAUUCAUAAAAAAAGAAAGAACUAAAUCAGUUAAAUAUAUUAAAUCACAUGAUAAGUUUUUGAAAGAAAAGAAAAAACUAUCAGUACUUAAUAUUGAAAUCGAAAAAAUUUUAAUAAACAAUAGGAAAUAUGAGGAAUUACUAUACAAAUUCAAAGAACAAAGUAUACGUUUUCAAACAAUCGCAAGAGUAGAGAAAAAGAAAGAAAACUUUAAAAAAAUCCAAAAAGCCAUAGAAGAAAGAUGGGAGAAUCUUAAAGAAAGUCCUAAAAAAAUGAUUAAUAGUGUACUAGACAAGCCAAGAAAAUCCAUUAUUAUGGAUCGCUUGAUUGUCGAAUCAGAAAGCAAUAACACAACAAAAAUCAUUACGGACGAAACAGAAAUUAAGACAGUGGGCAUAGAAGCAUUAAGAGAUAUCAUUAACAUGGCUUUCGAUUUAAAUGACAUUUCAGAAGAAUGGAAAUGGGG